AUGAGAAUCACUCUACUCAUUCUCAUCAUUUUACUUUACAAUUCUGUUCAUGCAUUGCCAACAAGAGAUUUAAAUGAUCGUCGACCUUCGUACGCUAUGUUGAACAAUAUGCCAUUUGUACCGAGAUCGGAUUUAACACCAGAAAAAUACAUUCGCAAUCGUCGCUCUUACACCGUUCUUGUGCCCGAGUACUCGAUUUUGGAUGAUAUUUUC